AUAUAGAGCAGCACAUCACAUUAAUGUCGGUUUGAGAUAAGAGAUAAAAUAAUACCCGUUGUAAAUGGUGAAUGUUUUGCUGGUGUAUCUGCCUGUUUUGGCAUGCACUCAGUAACAACAUAUCACAGGAGAGAGAAAAAACACCAACAACACUGUGGGUCCCUCAAUAACAAGCUUCUUCCUUUCCUCCUCUCAUGGUUUACCGGUUUAGGCGGCUCUCCUUCCAAAUUGCUCCCUCUUUUCUUCUUCUCUCCCCUCUUUUCUCUCCUUCAAUUCAACAAAUCAGCUUUUUGGAUUUCUUUGGAAGAUUUUGUUGUAAAUUUCAUUGAAUAAAGCUGUAAUUAUUUUCUCCGGCGAACUUUCACCGGAGCUCCGGCCAACUUUUCCCGGCGACCCUUUAAAAUUCCGUAAAUACCCAGAUCAGAUCUGUCCUUUAUCUACAUUAUCACCGUUUUGUUAGGGGUAUUUCAGGAUUUUGUUUCUGACAUUUUGGAAUGGAAUAGAAUUUUUCUGGGUUUUUUUAAUUUAAUUUUUUUGUUUGAUCUUUUGUAAUUUAGCACAUUGGGGUGUAUAUUUUUUUCUGGGUUUUUUUGGGUUAGUUUUUGAAAGAAUAUAAAAAUUAAUAUUUGGGUAGAUGUCAAAUGUUGAUGGAAAAAUGAAACAGCAAAAGAAAAAAAGUGGUGGGUUGAAAUUCAUGGGAAUGUGUUUUAGUUCUAGUGAAUCUGAACAACAAUCUUUGCAAGAGGAACAACAUUUGCAUAAACAACAACAAUACCAACAAUAUCAACAAUAUCAUCAACACUUACAACACCAACAUUAUAAUCUACAUCGCCCACAUCAACAAGCUCCUCGGAAUAAUCAGAGAGGUGGUGGUCAUCGAGUUGGUCGAAUGUCCCCUGUACUUAAUCAAACUACAACUACUUCGACGAGUAAAGAAGGAUGUAAAGGGGAGCGCCAGGGUAGCAAGAGCCCGAACUUCUUGUUUACCCCAAAAGAUGUGAAAGAGCUCCGCCAGCAUCCUGAAUAUAGUAAAGUUGACAUCUUUUCAUUUGAAGAGAUGAAGUUGGCUACAAAACACUUUCGACCAGAUCUAAUUCUUGGGGAAGGUGGCUUUGGAGUAGUUUAUAGAGGAGUUAUAGAUGAGACCGUGAGGCCAGGCUACAAGACCACAGAGGUGGCGAUUAAGCAGCUGAACCCAAAUGGUUUUCAAGGAGAUAAAGAAUGGCUGACAGAAGUUAGUUACUUAGGACAGCUUAGCCAUCCCAACCUUGUAAAGCUGAUUGGAUACUGCUGUGAAGAUGAGCACAGGUUGCUUGUUUACGAAUAUAUGGCUUCUGCAUGCCUGGAGAAGCAUCUCUUCCGCAGAAUGUCUUCUACCCUCACGUGGUUGAGGCGAAUAAAAAUUGCUCUUGAUGCUGCAAAAGGGCUUGCUUUCCUUCAUGGGUUGGAGCGGCAAAUCAUUUACCGUGAUUUCAAGACAUCAAAUAUCUUGCUUGAUGCGAAUUUUAAUGCAAAACUUUCUGACUUUGGGCUUGCUAAGGAAGGGCCGAUGGGUGACCAAACACAUGUAUCAACACGUGUUAUGGGCACUUAUGGCUAUGCAGCUCCAGAAUAUGUGAUGACUGGGCAUCUAACGGCACGAAGUGAUGUCUAUGGUUUUGGAGUUGUGCUGCUUGAGAUGCUCAUUGGAAGGAGAGCAUUAGACAAGAGUAGACCCAGCCGAGAACAUAAUCUGGUAGAAUGGUGUCGCCCUCUCUUGAACAAUAAUAAGAAACUUCUUCGAAUUUUAGAUGCAAGAAUUGAUGGGCAGUAUUCAGUCAAGGCUAUGAUGAAAGUGGCAAGCCUUGGGUACCAAUGCCUUAGCCAAAAUCCGAAGGGAAGACCUCCAAUGAGUCAAGCAGUGGAAGUUCUUGAAUCUGUUUAUGAGGAGGAGCAAACCCGGGAAACGGCAUUGUCAUCUCAAAAUGGUGGAGUCACCCUUUAUGAAGCUCCUAAAGAGAAACUUAACGUGGACCCUCGAGUGGAGAAGAAAACUCUUGCUAAGAAUGAAGAAGAAAGAGUUGGUGUACAGCAUGAACGUCGAAGGAGGAGAGAGGGUAGAGCCAUGAGUGAGCCUCAAAAUGAUUUUUUUGGCCGCAGUCUUUCCCGUCGCAGUCAUUCCCCUGAAUUAAGGACUCACAAUAGAUCUUUCAGAGAUCAGAUUUCGAAAUGAAUGUUCAAGCACUGCAAAGUGGUGUAUUCGUCUAGUUGUCUGAUCUCGGAAGCAAAUCUUGUAUGAGAGAGAAUUGAGGCAUUGAUUCUCUGAGUAGUAGCUAUAUUUUGUCAAGCCUUCGGUAUCAACAGGGAGUAGUAACCAAUUUGGAUGUAAAUAGAGAUUGAUAAUGACAUAAUCUAACAUUUUAUAAAUUCAUUUUUAUUAUAGUCC